AUGAAAAAUCAUUCAUCCUCCUCCUCAUCAUCCGUUAUUCAUCAAUCAUCUCAAAACAUUCCACGAAAGAGAUUAGUAUCCCAACAAUUAUCAACCACCAAAGAAGAUGUUGCUGCCGUAUCUUCUUCAACCUCUUCUCAUGAACAAUCUCAGAACCACCAACAUCAUCAUCAUGAUGAUUUAAUGAAAGCCUUCGGAAAGGCUUCCAAACAUUUGAUUUUUGAUCCUAAAUUAUAUCCAACAGAGAAGAUUCAUUGCUCUCAUCCUGAAAAGCAUAAAGUUCCUGUCUACAUGUAUGAAAAUUUUGUGUGGGGAGGAUAUCGAAUGAAUUUGAACUUUGUGGAAUCAUUCAUGUCACUCUUUUCAAUUCACAAUGAAACAUUGAAUAUAUGGACUGCAUUACUGAGUGCAUUAGUAUUUCUGUAUUUGACCAUUGAUGUCAUAUUCUUGUGGGAUCCAUCUUCACCGCAAGGUCAAACACAUGAUAGUGGAUAUUCCUCAUAUUUUGGAGGAUUUUUGACAGAGAAUUUUAUCGAGAAGACCAUGUUUGUGGUGUAUGCAGUUACUGCAAUUAUUGCAUUUAGCGCAUCGCUAUUGUAUCAUUGGUUUAAUAGUAUUUCAGAGAAGGUGUAUAUUAUGUUACUUCGAAUUGAUAUCAGUUCCAUUGGUUUACUCAUUGGUGGAAGUUAUUAUCCUCCCUUAUAUUAUGCAUUCUAUUGUCACCAAAAUUUUGGACUCUUCUACCUUAUUAGCAUUAGCGCAUUAUGUUUGAGUUGUGUUGCCAUGUUUAUCAUUCCUCGCUUUUCACGAGAAGAUUACCGACAAUUCAGAGUUGCAGUUUUUGGAUUCACUGCCAUGUAUGGCUUAUGUCCCUUCUUCCAUAUAAUUUAUUUAUUUGGAUUGGAAAAUGAUGAGCUUAAUUCUCGAUUAAUGGGUGUUGUGUACAUGUAUAUAUUUUAUGCACUUGGUGUUUUGUUCUAUAGUACCAAGUUGCCUGAAAGAAUUUGGCCUGGAAAGUUUGAUAUUGUGUGCCACAGCCAUCAAUUUUGGCAUGUGUUUGUUUUCUUGGCAACCUCGUAUCACUUUUAUAAUUGUACACUCAUGAGAGAUGCACAGAGAUGUUUCGGAACCUCCGCUUAA